AUGAAGCUGCUUUCCAACCUCGCCGCUCUGGCAACUUGUGGCUCCCUCGCCUUUGCCCUGAAGCCUCCAGUCAUUGAUACUCACUACGGUACUAUCCACGGUGGUCUCUCCCCGUUCGCAGGGGGUGACCAAGCAUUCGUAUACAAGGGUAUCCCAUAUGCCCAGCCGCCCACCGGCGCCAACCGAUGGACGAAAGUCAGUGGUCCUAGCUAUUGGGGAGAGCUCAAUGCCACUGAAUUUGGCCCACAAUGCGCACAAACAAUCAGCGAUGCAGGCAUCUUCUCCAGCGGCAAGAACACGACCAGUGAGGACUGUCUAACACUCAACAUCUGGACCCCGGCGUAUAAGAACCAGUCCGACAUGUCCUCAAAGAAGCUGCCCGUUUUCUUUUGGAUCUACGGUGGUCGUUUCACGGGUGGCUCUGGUGAUGUCAGGACCUACGACGGUACCGGCUUCGCGCAGAAAGACAUCAUCGUGGUCACUAUCAACUAUCGUCUAGGACCCUUUGGAUUCCUUGCCCAUCCCGAAUUGACUGCUGAAUCAGGCACAAACAGCUCAGGCAACUACGGUAUCCUGGAUCAACAAGCCGCUCUGCACUGGGUCAACGAGAACAUUGCCAAGUUUGGUGGUAACCCCGACCAGAUCACUGUCGGUGGACAGUCCGCUGGCUCGGCUAGUGCUCUCGAUGCUAUGUGGAGCCCUCUGGCUGAAGGCCUUGCUGCUGGGAUCAUCGCGGAGAGCGGUGCCCGCGGACCUCACGAUCCGAUGACUGGUACGGUGGCCACUUCAUACCGGACCAAGAAAGCCGCCGAGGCACAAGGUGUCAGGUUCCUGAAGACAAUGGGGAAGAGUUCAAUUGCUCAGCUCCGAAACGCUUCCAUGGAAAGCCUCCUUGAAUACGACGGCAUUUCUGACACCAUCUGGGAGGGGACUCAGUUCGAAAACUUUACCGAUGCAUUCAUGGAGCCCCCUAUGUGGCGUCCUAACAUCGACGGCUACGUUUUCCCGGACACCUACGCUGAAGCUUUGCGCAACAACUCUCAUGCCGAUAUUCCCGUCUUGACUGGAAACAACGCGGAUGAAUCCGGGGCUACUCCGACUCUGACCUAUUUCGCCUCUAAGUACCACGAGCUGUUCAGCGAACUCUUUGGUGACCUUUCGGCUGAGUUCUUCUCAUUGUAUCCUGGUAAGAACACCACCCAGGCAUCAGAGAGCGGCAAAGAGUUCUGGAGAGACCUGGGUCGCGUCGGAACCUGGCGCUGGGCACUUGACUGGGCUGCUGGUGGUGCGAAGAAAUCUGUUUACACCUACUACUUCAACCACUGGCCCGCGGAACAAAGAUCCUCGGGCGCCUACCACGGCAGUGAACUUUGGUAUACGUUCAACAACAUUCCCUAUUCUUCGUACAGCAAUGUAACAUGGAACGAAGAGGAUUACGCAGUCGAGAAGAAGAUGGCAAAUUACUGGGCCAAUUUCAUCCGAAACGGCAACCCUAAUGGCGAUGGGCAGGCUCAAUGGAAAGCCUCCAAGAAGAAUGCGCAGACUAUGUGGCUGGGAGACCAGUGGGGAAUGGGCCCUCUCACCAAGGACAACAAGCGCAUUGAGUUCCUGCACAAGUGGACUUCGAAGUUGCCUGCAUGGUAG